AGGGUCUUCUUAGGCGAGGAGGGUGGAGUGUGGUCCGGGUAGCUCGGUAGCCUCGGAGAGGUGGCGAUCAGUCUUUGCUGACUCUGGCUGGGCGAGCGCUCAGACUAUGCAUUUACAGAAAGAAGAUUAUAAAUGUCAAAGCCGUUUAACCAAUGUUUAGCUGUUGAGUUCUGACACUAAUUGUGCCAACCUCUUCACUGGGAAAAAUUCAGAAAAAGCAGAAGAAUCCACCCACAUCGGCAAUGGCUAUCCCAAUAACAGUACUUGACUGUGAUCUCUUGCUGUAUGGCCGAGGCCACCGGACCUUGGACCGCUUUAAACUGGAUGAUGUGACAGAUGAAUCCUUGAUGUCCAUGUAUGGAUUUUCCCGACAGUUCAUUUACUACUUAGUGGAACUCUUAGGGCCAAGUCUUUCUCGACCUACUCAGCGAUCUAGGGCUAUCAGCCCAGAGACACAGAUCCUGGCAGCCUUAGGCUUCUAUACCUCAGGUUCCUUCCAGACUCGGAUGGGAGACGCAAUUGGAAUUAGUCAAGCCUCUAUGAGCCGCUGUGUUGCCAAUGUCACUGAAGCCCUAGUGGAAAGGGCCUCACAGUUUAUUCACUUGCCAUCUGAUGAAGCUGCCAUACAGUCUCUAAAGGAGGAAUUCUAUGGAUUGGCAGGGAUGCCAGGGGUGAUAGGGGUGGUUGACUGCAUCCACGUAGCAAUCAAGGCACCAAAUGCUGAAGACCUCUCUUAUGUGAACCGUAAGGGUCUACAUUCUUUAAACUGUCUGGUGGUAUGUGACAUCAGAGGAGCACUAAUGGCUGUGGAGACAAACUGGCCAGGUAGCCUCCAGGACUGUGCUGUGUUACAGCAGUCUUCUCUAAGCAGUCAGUUUGAAACUCGGAUGCCCAAAGAUAGCUGGCUCCUUGGUGACAGUUCCUUCUUUCUCCAUACCUGGCUCAUGACUCCACUUCACAUUCCUGAAACUCCAGCAGAGUAUCGCUAUAAUAGGGCCCAUUCUGCAGCUCACAGUGUGAUGGAGAAGACUUUGCAGACCCUCUGCUGCAGGUUCCGAUGCCUGGAUGGAUCGAAGGGGGCACUGCAGUACUCCCCGGAGAAAUCCAGCCACAUCAUCUUAGCUUGUUGUGUCCUUCACAACAUUUCCCUGGAACAUGGAAUGGAUGUCUGGUCCUCUCCGGUGACUGGACCCAUUGAACAGCCCUCUGAGGGCGAGUAUGAGCAAAUGGAGUCUCUGGACUUAGAGGCUGACCGAAUCCGGCAGGAGCUGAUGCUCACGCAUUUUAGUUAGUGUGGAACUCGGAAGAAGGA